AUGAAGACACUUGUCCUCUCUGCCCUUGUCCUGCUGGCCUACCUGGCCCAGCCUGAUUUUCUCCCUGAAGCAACUGAAGAGACUAAAAAUGAGGAUCAACCAGGGGUAGAGGACCAGGAUGUGUCUAUCACCUUUGGAGGCCCAGAAGGCUCUGCUCUUCAAGAUGCAGCCUCAAGGAAGCUUUUGACAUGCUACUGUCGAAACCGAUCCUGCAAAAUACUAGAACGCAUCAGUGGUGUCUGCACUAGGGGUAGGAGAACCUACGUGUUCUGCUGCCGCUGA